CAAAGAAAGCUAUGAGAAUUCAGAGGUAGAGGAUAAUGAAAUAGAAGAUUCCUCAUUAGCUGAAACCUCGGACUUAGCAGAGAACAAACCUGUUUCAAGCACUCCAUAUAACAAAAAAAAGAAGGGUUUGUAA